CAAGGGUUAAAAGAAGCUUUUUUUGCAUUAUACGACAUUAAAAAGCACUUCCGUAGCAACUUUCUACUGAAAUCAAGACAAAUGAGACAUCGUUUGAUAUACAGUUAAACCAUAAAGCUAUGAAAUAAAAUUCUCGGUAGAAUUAGACAAGCAAACGUUUGACUUCACAGACGCUGCAUCUCCCGAGCACGUUAUUGAGAAACUAGAGAAGACACUUACGAGAUUAGAGGGGAGCAAAAAUCUAGGAAUCAAGAGGCUUAACUUAGUCUCUUUUAAUCUCAUUGCCGUCCAGGAGAAACAACCCAGAUGCUAAGUGAUCGCAUUUGUGAUUUUUCUAACCAAAACACGGGCCGGGGGAAAUACGAAGCGCGCUGGCAGGUUGAGUCAAACCUGCCCGAGUGACCUGUAAUACCCCCAGCGUUUCUAAACUCGAGCGCACGUUUCUCAGUACCGAAGGAACUGGUUUAACUCGUCGGUUACUAGGGGGCAUGUAGAGUAGGUUUUCCUGGUGUAAUGUCACAGCGAGCCGAGAAGGAGUUUCAUUUCAUCCACGUCUCAGGGCUGUGCAGCAUGUGGACGAGCUCGUCUUUUCCCUGAAGUCUGGCUCGAAGGGAUUCGCUCCGGAGGCGGCCGUGAGUUCUCGACGUGGGAAGGUUUCUCAAGCGGUGAACACAGAGAUGGCCAUGGUGAGCGGGGGAUGGGCCAACCCCAACGGCGGCGCUAAUGGACUCGGUGAGAAAGGUUACCUGCGGGGGGAGGAGGAGAGCAGCUCGCCCCGGGCGGGGAACAGCGACGCUGAGGGUGGCGAGGAGGACAAGGCCUGCGUGGUGGACUGUGUAGUGUGCGGGGACAAAUCCAGCGGCAAGCACUAUGGCGUUUUCACCUGCGAAGGGUGCAAGAGUUUCUUUAAGAGGAGCAUCAGACGGAACCUCAACUACACCUGCAGGUCAAACAGAGAGUGUCAGAUUGAUCAGCACCACCGUAACCAGUGUCAGUACUGCCGUCUGAAGAAGUGUUUCCGGGUCGGCAUGAGGAAAGAAGGUCAGCUAACCGCGGUCCAGCGCGGUCGAAUCCCUCCCUCCCACGCCGGCAUCAGUCCGGCCUCUAUGGUUGGAGCUGGUGGUGAUGCUGGAGGAGGUCACGGCAUGGGUGCCGAGUUCUUCAACGGUCAGCCGGUGUCUGAACUGAUCUCUCAGCUGCUGAGGGCAGAGCCGUACCCCAACAGCCGCUACAGCGCCCAGUGCGGUCAGCAGCUCUCCGGAGGCAACAGCUCCGUCAUGGGCAUCGACAAUAUAUGUGAGCUGGCUGCCCGGCUGCUCUUCAGUACUAUCGAAUGGGCCCGGAAUAUCCCCUACUUUCCCGACCUGCCCGUGUCGGAGCAGGUGGCCCUUCUGAGGCUCAGCUGGAGUGAACUGUUCAUCCUGAAUGCAGCUCAGUCGGCUCUGCCGCUGCAUACGGCCCCUCUGUUAGCAGCCGCUGGGUUUCAUUCUUCCCCUAUGCCCGCUGACCGCGUGGUGUCCUUCAUGGACCAGGUGAGAGUCUUCCAGGACCAGGUGGACAAGCUGGCACGACUGCAGGUGGAUUCGGCCGAAUACAGCUGUCUGAAAGCCAUCGCUCUGUUCUCACCAGACGCGUGCGGGCUGUCGGAUCCGGCGCACAUCGAGAGCCUGCAGGAGAAAGCGCAGGUGGCCCUGACCGAGUACGAGCGCAUGCAGUAUCCAGGUCAGCCGCAGCGCUUCGGCCGGCUCCUGCUGCGACUGCCCGCCCUGAGAGCCGUUCCCGCCAACCUCAUCUCUCAGCUCUUCUUCAUGCGGCUGGUUGGCAAGACGCCCAUCGAGACGCUAAUCCGGGACAUGCAGCUCUCUGGGAGCUCCAUCAGCUGGCCGUACGUGCCUGGACAGUAGAUGAACAAUCAGAGACUCGUUUCCGUGUCCCAUCUCAGGCUGCUCCCAUGAUUCCACAGCGACCGUGUGGAUAGAUGUUGUGUUUCGGGUUUUUUUUGUUGAUCGUGUAUAUACUGUACGUCUAAAAGAGGUUGACGCGUGUGUUCCUAUGCAGUUUAAACGAGCCAUCCAGCACCGGGAUACCUCAUGUUUCUCAUCACGAGCAUCCACAAAUUCUGUCGAGGACGUUUGAAGAGAAACAGAGGACUGAUUACGAAGAAGUCAGCUGAUAUGUGACACAGAUCCAAAGCUUUAAAGAAGAGCGCGUGAUACCUUCUUUUUUAGAGCAUAGUCAACUAUUUUAAAGCUAGGCCAAGAAUUGUUAUAGCAGACUGCAUUUGUGAGAAAAAAGUUGGGUUAUAUACUUGAAAAAUCAAUGGGGAACGAUGAAUGGCUAUGUUUAGAAUAGAAUACUUGCACACUGCUCACUAACCGCUUUAUAUUGAAUUGUAUGUGAAACAGUAUGAAAUAUGCAAUAUAACAUACCCCAAACAGUACUAUGCUCCAUUUUAAUCUCAUUUAUAUUGCUUGUUUAUCAUGCACACUGCAUUGUGGGUAUUCUGUGCAGUGUGCUUUGGUUGUGUUUCGAUACCGAAUACUUCCAGGUAUUACACACUAUGCAUGGUAUACAAACUAUAUAUACCAAAAACGUCAAGAGUAGUACGGUAGUGCGCUAUUCUGAACAUAGACCACGUCUUUGAUUGUCCUAUUUAAACAGUUCUGGUGAAUUUUUCAGGUGGUAUCAACUUUUACAUUGCCGACUGGGGGAAAGUAUUUUUGCAUACUAAAAAUAAAAAUAAACGAUAAACAAACAAGCUCUUAGGUAAGAAGACUGUUGAUGAGAAGAAAAGAAAAACACUUGCAUUUUCAGCAGUGUUAGUCGAAUAAAUAAACUGCAGAGAAGAAAAAAAGCAUAUCUGUUCCAACGUUUUUCGUCCGAAGUUUAUGACUAUUGUGUUUCGAAGAUUAAUAAAACUGGACAUCUGUUCAAUAAAAAGGCAUCUAUGCAUUUGUUACUAAUCAA